AAAAUGAAGCGGAAAUGUAAUAUUAAUAUAGGAAGGAUACGACGAUGAAAAUCCAAGGGGCAAACCCGAGUCGUCGAAAACACGACGACGACUGAUUAUGAAGUUUAGUCGAACGAGCCGUCAUUUCUCUCGUCACCUCCUGUCGUAUUCUCCCUUUGAGGCCCUUCAUCUUCGUCACCUUCUGACCUUCCUAUUAAUCGGACUAACCUUUCUUCGUAGUGUUUUACCGUGCAAUUGCGAAAAAUCUAAACGAUACGAAACAGACGAAAUUUUAAUAAACGAGGAUCAAAUAUUAUAUCCAAGAAACGACGAAUCUAAUGAAAAAGAACAACAAAACGUGUCUAUCGUCGAAGAGUUAUCAAAUAAAUUGGAAGUUCAUGAUUCGAUAGAUGAAUUGACCCAAUCCGAUGAUAUUUUCAUAAAUGAUUUUUUAAUAAAGGAAAACGAUCCGAGUACGAGAAGACGGAAAAGACGAAAGAAAAAUCGUACAAUCGUAGAUACGUCACGAAGGGAAGAUACUUUUGUGAUAAAUGACACGGAUUCUUUAACGAUUAUUUGUGAUAAUACGACCAUAUGUGACACGAGAAAAGAAAACGAUAAUAAUUCGACUGUUAAUGGUACAUCAGUAAAAUGGAUUACACAAAAUGUUAGUAAAGUUUUGGAGGAAGAUGCACCGUUUCUUGGUUUUGAAGGUUCCCAGAAGUUUCCCGUUAAAGUGACACAUAAACCACCAUUGGUAGUUCCGCAACAGGAGAAAUUUGAUCGGCGUCAUUUUGGUCCACCGAAAAUUGACGUUCAAGAACCGACGGAGUUAGCAACGUCGAUGGAACCACCUGAUCUACCGAAAAGUCCAAGCAGAGAUGUUCCGUUAAGACGUAAACCGGAAGAAAUCGAAAGUUCGACUAUGAAAGAAGAAGAGAAGAAAGAAGAGGAAAAAGAAGAGGAAGAGGAAGAGGAAGAGGAAGAGGAAGAUGAAGAAAAGGAAAACAUCUUUCAAAUGUCUGAAAUUUCAUCAACGACAAUAGACGAUACUUCGAAUGUGGAUAUCUUUUCUACGAUCAAAUCCACGACAUUCCCUAUCUUGACGUCAACAAGUGCGAUCGAAAAGGAUCCCCCUUCUUCUUCUUCUUCUUCUUCUUCUUCUUCUUCUUCUCCUUCUCAUCCUUCUCUUCGUGAGAACGUUGAACGUGUCGUAGAUAUCGAAGAAACGGUGACGAGGAUAAAAGAAGAAGAGGAUACUGUCACGGAUACGAGUGUCUUCGAGAAAAUAAAUGUUACGAUCUUGGGACUGUUCGAGAUGACACGAGGACAAGAACCAAGAUCAGCAGGACCUACCGAAUUCCAGGCUGCUAAAUUGGCCGUUGAUCGGAUCAACGAGAUGAACAUUCUGAAAAAAUUUCAUCUACGUCUGAUUCACAACGACACUAAGUGCGAUCCUGGCGUAGCCGUGGACAGAUUCUUCCAUGCUCUCUACUCAAGAAGAACUAACAAGCUGAUGCCUCUCCUCCUUGGUACAGCGUGUUCCGAGGUAACUGAAACCUUGGCAAAGAUCGUACCUUACUGGAACGUGAUUCAAGUAUCUUUUGGCUCGACCGCACCUGCACUCUCAGAUUCGACCGAAUUUCCAUUGUUCUUGCGAACUGUUGCUCCGGAUUCCAGUCACAAUUCAGCAAGGAUAGCUUUGAUCAAACAUUAUGGUUGGGAUACAGUAAACGCGCUUUCACAAACUGGAGAUAUGUAUUCUCUGGCAAUAAACGAUCUAGUGACGGAACUGGAGCAAGCCAACAUCUCGUGCAGGGCAACCAUCACCUUCGCUGAAAAUGAUUACAAGGAGCAACUGCGAAAUUUAAAAGAGCUCGAUACUCGAAUCAUCAUCGGCAGUUUUUCACCAGAACUAGCACCCCAUAUAUUUUGCGAGGCUUGGAAACUUGGUAUGCUCGAUGGGGAUUACGCUUGGAUUCUACCAGGUGACACCAUGAACCGGUUUGAGGGCCCUGACGAUUACAUAUCCUCCGGACCUGAGGAAUGUACAACAUCUCAGUUGAUGCAACCUUUGGAUGGGGUGAUCAUAGUUAAAAGUCAUGAUCAUACUCUUAAGGGAGAGGUCAGCUAUUCCGGUUUGACAAGCACAGAAUUUAUUUCGGAACUCGCUAAACGAGGCGUAGCAUCUUCCAAAUUUGCUGCACAAACGUACGAUGCUGUCUGGGCAAUGGCAUUAGCAUUGAAUAAAACUGAGACUGAAUUAAACGAGAUGAACAUGACCAUGGCCAAAUAUACGCAUCAAAACAAGACUUAUGCUGAAUAUCUGCUCGAACAACUUAAAAUCUUACACUUUAUCGGUGUUUCGGGGCCGGUUUCUUUUGACGGCGCGGAUCGUGUUGGAAUCACCGCCUUCUACCAAAGGCAGGGUCAUCGUAUUAGAAAGAUAGCUAUCUUCACUCCGGAGGAUGGGAAACUAAUAAUGAACUGUCCAGAAUGCGUUGCUACAAGAUGGCCCGGAGGACAUCCGCCUGCAGCUCGUAGGGUCUACCGGUUAAGAGUGGUUACAGUAGCACCUGCAGCUUUUCUCGCGGUCACCUGUUUGGCAAGCAUCGGGGUUGCCCUGGCAGUCGCAUUUCUCGCAUUCAAUCUUCAUUUUCGAAAACACAAAAGUAUUAAACUAUCGAGUCCCAGACUAAACAAUAUGGCUGCAGUUGGUUGCUGUCUCGUUUAUGGUGCGGUUAUACUACUUGGACUUGAUAAUGCAACACUUCCCAAGAGCCAUGAUUAUUUUCCAUCCGUGUGCACCGCAAGAGUUCUUCUAUUAUCAGCUGGAUUUUCUUUGGCUUUCGGUUCCAUGUUCACGAAAACCUAUCGGGUUCAUAGGAUCUUUACAAGAAGCAGAAGUGGAGUCGUCAAAAAUAAGCUGCUACAGGAUACUCAACUGAUAAGCCUAAUCUGCAUACUGCUCGUGAUCGACGGCCUGGUGGUGACACUUUGGGUAACCUUGGAUCCAAUGCAACGUCACCUGCGUAACUUAACCAUGGAAAUGAAUUUGCAAGAUCGUGGCAUCAUCUAUCAACCACAGGUGGAGGUGUGUCGUUCACAGCACACUAAUGGCUGGCUGGGUGCACUUUACGUUUAUAAAGGCUUGUUACUCGUAGUCGGUGUCUACAUGGCCUGGGAAACAAGACACGUGAAGAUACCAGCUUUGAACGAUUCGCAGUAUAUUGGCAUGAGCGUUUAUUCGGUAGUGAUAACGUCUGGUAUCGUGGUCGUGUUAGCAAAUUUGAUGUCCGACCGAGCAACCUUGGCCUUUGUCACGAUCACUGCCCUGAUCCUGGCCUCGACAACGGGGACUUUAGCCUUGCUCUUUCUACCUCAAUUGGCGAACAUUCUAGCAGGAGAGAGAGCUGAUCCUGUUGUACAGAGUCUCGGCUUGAAGAUCGAAUGCAACACAAGGAGAUUUGUCACGGACGAUAGAAGAGAGCUACAGUAUCGAGUAGAGGUGCAGAAUCGAGUUUACCGUCGCGAGAUGGCUCAGUUGGAGCUCGAGUUGGCCAGAUUGGAAAAGCAGUUGGCCCAAGAACCGGUCGAACCAUCUCACGCUUCUUCGAGUACUUCGAUUCCACAACGAAAUCCGAGUAUCGGGGGUGGCUUACCCUUAUUGUUGCUCAGCGUUCUCCCAUCGGUUAUUCCGAGGGCCAGUUGGCCGUCCGCCGAUCCUUCCGGCAUGCGCCGCGGUACCGUAGCGUUUAGCAGUCAACCGGAUCUGGAACCGGAUGGUCCCAGAAGGAGCCUAGCCGACAUUUACAAACUUCACCGUCGCAGAGAGACCGAGGGACCAAAUCGUCUGGGCGUUUUCCAACGGCUCUUCAGCCUUUUUGGCAGCCGUCCGACCAGUAGAAAAACAUCCACGGCAUCGUUCACAGGUGUAGCGUCUGCGCUGAGAGUCCACAUGGGUUAUAUAGCUGGUCUAGUACCAGGUGCUAAAGCCGCAUCAACCUGCCAAAUGGAUGCACAAGGCUCAAGGCAGUCUCAUCCUCGAUGUGGUUCUGGCCCGAUAAUUAGUAUCACUAGUGAGGAAGACCGCAGAUUAAGCUUUGGCUUACGCCGUAAGGAAAGCAGCGAGCCGAGAGUGAAUUUUACUUUACCGCCACAAGUUAACAGUAAUCAAGGUUCGUCGCGAGAAAAGAUCCGUGGUUCGCCUAGAUUUCCUCAUCGAAUAGUCCCAGCAAAUAGUCUAAGUACCAUAGCACCUGGACUAUCAGCGACCAGACCUCAUCGUUGGCACUCGAUGGAAGAUGCGAGAAGACCUAAAACAACCUCGACGCCUCGUGGUUCCUCCUGCAGUCCUCUCUGCGAUGUUUGGGCAACUCACGAAGUUGGCAUACCUCUCAGCGAAUUGGGUAAAAGUGUGAGGGGUAGAAAACCACCGGAAAGUUUGACCUUAACAAUAAAGGCCGACUCGAAUAUCAGUCCCGACGAUGCCAAAUUGGGAAACGAUUUGAAGAGACUAUUUCGAGAAAGUGACGUUUCGAGUGAUGUCAGUCCAAUCGAAACUGAACUGUCCUCAACACCGACGAACUUCAAACUCUCUAAUACGAUAAACGACGUAGUCCUCAAAAAUGGGUCUCGUUCUGGUUCCACGACGUUAACCGUUGUCCUUAAGGACACUCUUCAACAAGAACAAGAAUAUUCUCAACCCACGAGCCCUAAAAUUCUCAUUGCUAAACUUGACAAGGACGUUCUUCGAGAUCCUUCGUCCAACGAUCAAGGAUCUACCACCGUCUAAUCCUCAUCGUUCGUGUUCCUUAGUCAUCGUGCCAAAGGAAAAUAAACGGGACCGGUAAGAGUACGCGACACGUGUUUGAUUUUUGUGUGUAUCGCGGAGGGACCAAGCUUCCUUCAUUUUUUUUCAUUUUUCAUUCUAACUUCCCUCUCCUAUUCUUCUCUGGAUUGUAAAAAAAAAAAUAAAACAGACGUUGGGCGAAAAUUUCGAACAAUAUCUUCAAAUUCUCGGCAACGUUUCGAAUUAUAUUCUUACCGAAUGUGUGUCGAUUAUAAUAAAAAAAAAAAUACAAAUAAUAAUAAUAAUAAUAAUAAUAAUAAAAAGGGAAAGAUAUCUUCUUGGUACAUAUUUUUUAUACGUCCAACGAGAUCGGGAAAAACAAUAAAAAAAUUUUUCACGUACUUGGAUAUUCGUAAAAUCUGCCAAAAAUAAUGGAUCCCCGUUGAAAAUGAUUUCUCGCAAACGUCUAAAUGUUAAUUGAAAUGACAUACCUACUCUUCUCACCCCCUCCCC